CUGGCAUUCAUAGCUGCAUCACUGCACCAUCAUCGCUCACAACCUUACUUUAAGUCGCUCACAACCUUACUUUAAGUCGCGCGGGCCAGUUUGGAUGAUAAGUACGAAUCGCUACCGUCACUAGCACGGGAUGAGGCUUUUUUACUUGCUCGCUGAAAUCCCUCAUCGACGCACAAGGGCUCGUCUACAGGAUCAACAAGGGACCCUAGGGGGCCGGGGAAAUCAAAGCACAACGAGGGAAGUCAUCGCUUCGAGUGCUGCCUUCAUUUCGGGGCGACACGUGUAGGACAAGGGGAGAUUCAGCUGACUUCGUGAACUCGCGAUCCUCCCAUCUAGACUGCAGCGACUACACGCUUCAGAGCUCAUGACGCUCGCAGUCAUAUGGGCCUGUUCAGUCUGCGAUACUUAGCGCGGUUUCAUCGGGGGAGAGCCCGUUGUCUCAGAUCGGGCUCUGCGCGCGCUUGACACUAUCAAUUCGACGCUUGACUGCUGGUGUGGCAGCGGUGCCCAAGGCGAACAAGAGAUGUUGAGAUGGAGAAAGGGUUCGUAAUCCCAUGCAAUUCAAUCUCUAGCGCACCGAGGCGUGCACAUAUCCUCUGACUGGUCAUAGCUUUCCGAACUUCACAAAACAUGACAACAAUAACGCUUGAACGGACGGUUGGUCGUGUAUGGGGGCGUCGGAUUCUCGCAAGCAGCGCUAUAGCGCUCGCACUCGCUUUCGCACGCUGCGAGCGAGGGAGCACAAGCAGGCUCAAGACCAUCAUCCGGCUGCGUCCAUCUGAUCAGCAUGCUUUCUACGUGCGUUCUGGAGUUGCUGGGGCAGCAGACUACGUGCCCGUUCCACGAUGGUUGGCAUCGCCCAUAGCAUUUCGGUCAUGAGGGUAUCUGAGGACGAGGAUGAGGAUGACAAGAGCUAGGACGUACGCGUGUGCUGCCUGCUUUUGAAACGCUCAAGUUGCCGAUUGUCUCGG